UUAGUAUUCAGAGCACAGGGAGGGAAAAAAGGCGAGGGAGCGAGGAACCGAGUGAGAGAUUGAGAGGGAGGGGAUAGUGAAACAGAGAGGAGGAGAAAACACAAGGAGGGGGUAAAAUAUAAGGGUAGAACACAGAAAACGGAAGGUAAGCGCGGGGAGGGAAGAUAUAACAUACUGUUAAUUUCCUUCUCUCAGUCUGCCAUCCCGGUUGCGGGGCUUAUUGCUCGGUGCGUCUUCGAGAGAAGAGAGGGAGUGAGCGAGAGGAGGGGGUGGACAGAGCAAAAGAGGGCGGAAUGCCCCUUUACAAGCGUCGCAUCUGACUGAAACAGCGGAGAAGCUAGUAAAUUGGACAGAGGGAUACAGUGGUUUCUGCAACGCCAAGGUUAUGUUGGAGAGCUUCAAAAGAGUCUCCGCAAAUCCGACAGUGGGUGCAGAUCAAUGCUGAAGUGCUGGCAGGACCACUACAACUGAUGUGUUGCACUGACCCAGUUGGAUCCAGAUGACUGAGAACUACACUCUGUUCCUAAUUGGAAGUUAAGAAAAAAGAGCCACUUGUCCGCAGGGCCCCCUUUCUGGUCUUGGAACCGUUAGGAAAAUAACAAGAUAAAGGUUAUGCAUGCACUGCAGGCAUAAUUCCUUAUUCCUCUGCCAAAUUUGCUUGCAAAGACAAUUUUAGAUGUAGAGUGUCUCUGUCCUGCAAAUUCAACAUGGCCCAGAACUUCAACAGUCAAAUUCAAUAAAGGGAAAGAGAGAGGGGUGGGUGACGCUGAGUCAUACAUGGGCACUCUGUGACCCAGACCAAGGCCACUGGCAGAACCCUUUGUUCCUUUCUUUAUUGCCGGCAGCUUCCUCUGCCUCCUCUCACUCAGUUGACAUAUAUUGCAGAAGGUGGACAGGCCAACAUUCAAUUUAUCAUAGCGCCGUCCGAUAGGUGAGGGCGGCGAGGGCUGCGCUGUCAUUGGCUGACUGCUGGUGAGAGUGCAAUGCGGAUUGGAGGAUGUCGGGGGACUGGGAUGAAGACCUGUGUAAGAAGGCGCUGGUGUUGGUGGAAGAACUGUGCUUCAACUCCCCAAGAGGCUACAGCCAAAGUGAACGCUGCCAGGAGUUCAGCUACCUGCUGAGAGGUAGCAAUAGACAGGACACAGAGAUCUCUGUCAGCCUGCUGUCGGUCAUCGUGACAUUCUGUGGCAUCGUCCUCCUCUCUGUCUCGCUCUUCGUCUCCUGGAAGCUCUGCUGGCUGCCAUGGAGGGACAAGGAGGGCGGAGGCCUGAGCCUGACGUCGGGGCUGCUGCCCGGAAGUGCAGGUGUCGGGAGCCUUGGAGGCCCCGGGGGCUCCUCACUCUUACCCCCCCUGCUGCAGAGGAAGGAGGGUCACUCCUCCUCCUCACUCUACCCCUCCCUGGGCCAGCAGGGUCAGCACCACCCCCAUUUCUCUGACCUGGUGGGAGUGGAGAGGGGGGAGGUCGGUGGUGUGGUGGGGGGGCCACAGGAGACCCAGGAGCCGUCCUAUCUGGACAUGGAUUCCUACCCCAACAAUGCAGGAACUCUGAAGCUGAGUCAGACGUCUCCAGACGUCCCUAACUCAGAGGUUGGAGCCCAGCCCCAUAAAGACCUGCCGAACGCCCAUUCCCAGCAGCAGGUCACCUCCCGGCCUAAGCCCAUGACUCACCAGCUCUCCAGCCCUGAUUUCCAUGGCGAGGAGAAGGAGCAGGUAACCAGCAUUGGGCAGAUCAAACCGGAGCUCUACAGGCCCAAGGGCGACCUAGGGGACGGCAAACCGGGCGACAACUGCGGCAAAAUCAGCUUCCUCCUGCGUUACGCCUUCAAUACGGAGCAGUUGGUGGUGAAGAUCCUGAAAGCUCUGGACCUGCCAGCAAAGGAUGCCAACGGCUUCUCUGACCCAUAUGUAAAGAUCUACCUACUGCCAGACAGGAAGAAGAAAUACCAGACCAAGGUCCACAGAAAGACCUUGAACCCGGUGUUCAAUGAGACCUUUCAGUUUGGCGUUCCGCUGAGUGAGCUACAUUCCAGGAAGUUGCAUUUCUCUGUGUACGACUUCGACCGCUUCUCCAGACACGACCUGAUUGGCCAGGUAGUGGUGGACAACCUGCUGGACUUCAGCGAGGGCAGCGGGGACAAACCCGUCUGGAGGGACAUUGUGGAGGGCACAGCGGAGAAGGCUGAUCUCGGGGAGCUCAAUUUCUCGCUGUGUUACCUGCCCACUGCAGGCAGGCUCACUGCUACAGUCAUCAAGGCCACCAACCUCAAAGCCAUGGACCUCACUGGCUUCUCAGAUCCGUAUGUGAAGGCUUCUUUGAUCUGUGACGGGCGAAGGCUAAAAAAGAGGAAGACUUCCAUUAAGAAGAACACACUGAACCCCACAUACAACGAGGCGCUGGUGUUUGACAUUCCCAAUGAAAAUAUAGAAAGUGUUUCCAUCAUCAUUGCGGUGAUGGACUAUGACUGUAUUGGUCAUAACGAGGUUAUAGGGAUGUGUCGUGUCGGCAGCGAGGCUGAAGGACCAGGAAGGGAGCACUGGACAGCCAUGCUGGCCAAUCCACGCAAACCAAUAGAAAAUUGGUAUCAGCUUGUGGAGGAAAAAGCGAUUGGUACAUUUGUGUCGAAGACUGCUCCAGAAUCCUCCGCUAAGCCGAACAUCGUGGUGGACAGUCCUCACUCCGAUUAAAACUGUCUUUAUCAUCUCUCCAGCUCCAGACUUUCCUUUCUUUCCUCAUCUGUGAAUAAUUCUCUCCAUCAAAGAAAGAGAGACGCGGAGACACUACUAGUGUCCUACUGCUAGUGCUGUUUUGCUCCUGCUAAUGAAUUCUUCAAGUCCUGUGCUGUCUUUACCGAGCCGGGAGAAAAAAAACAACAUCCAACCCAAGCUACACCUUGAGCAUCAGACUUUAAAUUAACAAACACAUGCUAACACUAAAUGGUACAGUAGGAGUGAUUUCAGGUGUACAUUUGGGAUCUAGCAAGGGAACAAAAAACAUAUAACUCAUACAUACACACACACACACACACACAGAUACACACAUAGUUUGUAGUAUGUGCAUAGUUCAUGUGUGCUUCAGAUUAGUGUAGCAUUUCAUCUAGGAAGAGUGUGAUGUGACAAACUUUUCUUUUUUGAAAAGAAAAAAAAAAGGAAAGCCAUCCUAAAAUGGUUGUUUCAACUAGGACCAAAGGUUCAUGCCCUUGUACAGACUAUAAAAGAAGAAAAUCACUAUGUCGAUAUUUUUCUUUGCAAUAUUUGUGUACAGUAUAUGCCGUACUGUAUGGGAAAAACAUCUCACGUAGUACUUAGCAGGACGAAACAUUUGAGGUGGAUUCUCCCAGCCCUUUUGGAUGCCUUCUCCAGGCUCCACGUCCUAUUGUUUAAGACUUAAUUCGCUUAUUUUCCCCAGAGGAAAGACGACAAAGCGUCCAGUGGUCUUUAAUGAUGUCAGAGGAGGGAAAAAUGAGGACUGACUCAUUGGUUUAAGCAUGUUACGCAACCUUGAAAUGUGUCCCUCUUCUUUGUGCUUUUUGUCACCAUUAUUAUGGUGCUCAUCAGUGGCAACACUUCUAUCAUUAUUUUGCUCUGUUGUCUGUUUGAUACGGAACACACAUAACCAUCAGAAAAGGAGUUUAGUCAUGCUAUUUUUACAAUCCGCUGAGGAUGCUGUGGUGUGAGCUUCCAGUAGACAUGGACUCUUUGAUCGUCCUCUGCAUUUUGGCCUAACUGGCAGACUUUUCCGAAUGUAGGACUACACAGGUUGAACGAAACCUGCGUUUAGGAUCGGACCAGCAUCUGUUUGGAGUGCACUCGCUAGAGGAUGUAUCCAACAGGGAAGGAUAUCACCACUCUAUUUGAUUUUUCUAUCAUUCCAGGACUCUUUUCUUUUCUCAAGAAGUCAUCAUCCAGCUUCAACUAAAUGACUAUCUUCAAGUCCCCAUCAUGCCCCUUACAAGACUUUAGAAGGACACACACUUCCGUGUUGCUUUUAUUAGUGUGUGUUUCCGUGUUUAUGGGCGUGUUUGUUUUGUAUUUGUGCGUGUCUGUGUGAUUGUGUAUGCCUGUGUGUCACUGUGACCUUGUGUGUGACACGUCUCUUUGCUCGCCCCCUUCCUCGUCUUUUUUCUGUCUUUGCCUCCUUCACUCCCCAAAUCCCCGGCAUCCACAGACGUAAACGCUUGUCUUGGAGCCAAACGUGUCUUCUGUCCCGUGUCUUUACAAGGAGCCAUUUUGUUUGUGUGUGGGUUUGUAUGUGUGUACUAUAUGUGCCUCAUUGAAAUAGGUGGGGAUACACUGUCUUUCAUAGACACUAGUUUGUAUUGUCUAUGUUGUCUCUGAAAUCAGCUGCCAAUCAUUCAACCCCUCUCCUCUCUAACUCUUUGCCUGAUGUAAGUAACUGUGUUGAUCGUGUACUUCUUUCAGUAAAUUGUGAACUGUAUGUCCGAGGGAAAAAACUAAUUGCACACUGAUUGAAAAUUGAAUUGUUGAGUGUUUUGAUUACAUUUACGAGAAGGAAAAAAAAAUAAAAGAAACAAAGUAUCCAAGGCUCAUUUGUCACGGCCUACAGAUCAUGACAAAUGUAGAUCCCCUUAGAGAAAGACAACAGGGAGGAGGUGUUGUGAGAGAGAAAGCGCCAGGGAUUUUGCACUUCCUGUGUAAACCGAUACAGACUUAUAAAGCCAUGUCUGUCACCGCUACUACUGUAACCUCAGCAAAACAACAGUGCAACACCUCACUACAGCUACUUGUAUUGCUAUCGUUGCCCUUUCUCUCUCAUUCUAUCACACACACUUUUACAGAGGUGUUUGUGUGUGCUUCAGGGUAGGGACUUAGAUUCUCUCUCUUACCUUUGGUCUAUGCAAGUGCUGUGAGACUCACCGUAGUGCUUGAUCGGGUAUACAGGAGAUGACACACCCCGCAUCAAACCUGCAAGUAUUCUGCGUGGUAUGUCAGCAGGGGGAUUAUCGACCAGCUUGUAUAAGUAGAUAUGGUAUUGAUCCAUUGGUCUCGAGGCCCCAUAAUUCUCUCUUUCCCAGCCUCUCUCUCUCUCUGUGCUUGUGUCUACCCUAUUUAGCCCUUGUGUUACUGCCUGGUGAUGGAUUACAAAACCAUAGUGGAACAAGCACAUUCCGUUAUUCUCUUCCUCCCUCUGUUUGCCACCCCCCUCUCUUUCUGUUUCUGUCUGUCUGAUUACUUUCUGAUUACUCAUUAUCUCCUCCAGCAAUCCUUACCUUUCCCCCCGCUCCCACUUACUUGUCCUAUUCUCGCUCUAAUUUCUCACCAGCCCAACCUUCCAGUUUCCUCUGCUAUCUCUCAUCCCUCCAUCUUGCCCUCUUUCUUUCUGUGUAUGACACCCUCCUUCCGUCCUCUCUAUUCUCUCUCGCUGUCUUCUCGUGUUAGUGCAGUUCUGAAUGGUAAUGGGGAAACAUGUUUGCAUGCUUAUAUUAACAUGAAUGAUGUCAACUUGAUGCAAUGAAAAAUUAUACAAGUAAUGCUUUAAGCAAAAUCUGACAAUGAACUUGAUACUAAUACUACUAAUGACGACUUAAUGGAGACCUAGCAAUUGUUUAUCUCUGUGGUCAAAAACAACGAUGAUGAAAUAACAUUGUUUAUGCUGUAUUUAUCUCGAAUUGGUAUUCUUUUUAUUUUUCAAUUGUUUUUUUAUAUUUAAUUUAUUCAAGAAGUUUACUUUUUUUAUUGGUUAAAGCUGAGAAUUUGAGUGAGGGGUUCAGUCAAGGCGAUUGUUUCAGUCGGGACUGCUGUACCAGGUCGCAGGAUAUCGGUGAAUGUGUAAGUAACAGUGUGGCUGAAGCAAUGAUAAUGGAAAUAAAGGAUAUGUAUCAUCCA